GCAGCUUUACCUCUUUAUAGACGCACAAAGGGAGCAGUGAGGCUGAACAAGUGCUGACCAAACUGCUGCAAAUGCAAACAUGAGAAAAGUAGCGGGUACAAUCAUUAUCUGCAUUGUGCUGGCAGGGAUGGCACAGUCAUCAGUAGCUCAGGGGCUGUCAGCUUGCUCUGUACCAUCUGGGAAAACAAUUUACGAUUUCAACGUCCAGACUCUUCAAGGCGGCAAUAUCACUUUAGAAAGUUUCAGAGGCAAAGUGGUGGUCAUCAGCAAUGUGGCGACAUUCUGAGGGUCCACGAUCGACCAGUACCACAAACUGAAUGCACUUAUGGAUAAGUUUACUGGGACCUCCUUCACUGUCCUUGGCUUCCCAUGCAACCAAUUUGGCCUUCAAGAGCCUGAGGAAAACUAUGAAACUUUAAAUGUUCUUAAGUAUGUACGACCCGGUGGUGGAUUUAUCCCUCGAUUCCAGGUUUUUGGUAAACUUGAAGUCAAUGGAGCAGAUGAGCACCCACUCUUCACCUUUUUAAAAGAGUCAUGUUCAUUUGUAAACCCACUUAUUGGAGAUCCAAAGAGGCUAUACUGGUCACCUAUGAAAGUCAGCGACAUACGGUGGAACUUUGAAAAAUUCCUUAUCCUGCCCAAUGGUGUCCCAUUUAAGCGAUAUGACUUGAAUUACCCCAUUGAGAUGCUAGAAAAUGAUAUCUCAACACUGCUGGAAACAGUAGACGUACACGAUCAUUGAGCUGCUCAUUGCCUUUCACACUAAAAUGCCAACUGCUUAGCAAGAGAAUUGAUGAAGAACAUUCAGUAAAGGCUGGAAAGCAGCUGAAAAGGUUUCUGAUUAUGGUGGUGGGAAUACUCUGUUUCUUAGUGCAUUCCAACAGAGUGAUCUAUCCAUUGCUCUCUAUUAAGCAGCUGGCAGACCUUGUGUCACUCUAUGUCGUCUUCUCUUGUUUAAUAAAGCAUUCCAAAAAUCUAA